UUGAAAUGUCAUAUGAAAUUAUAAGAAUAUACGGGCAAAUUCUACGAAACGAAGAAUAUUGCGGAAUGGCUGCUGCUGCAUGUAUCAUGAAAUCUAAUUUCUGAGUUUUUACAAAGGACUGGGAAUAUUUUGUGAGAUUUACUUUUAUUAACAACCAACGAUUAUCAUGAUUAUGAGAAGGUAACCUGCGGGUGAAACGUAAUUUGAAGGUACCCAGCUGUUCUACUGGCUCCAAUGUAUUCCCCAAUAACUGCACUAGUUCGGCGCCAGCUAAAUUUCAACGAACUGUCUCUAUGUCUUUCUGUGUGUCGAAAAUAUGCUUCCAAAAGUAAAUAUUCCUACAGAAAACUGAUAGAAUCGACUCCGCCGUCUCGGCAAACGUACAGCUGCAUUCGUGGGCUGCAUGUGAGUUUAAGGCCCAGUCAGAAGGAGGUACCAUCUCAGAAAAAUGAACUUCAAGAGCAGAAACAAGAACCUGAACUUGUAGCAAAAGAGGCAAAAGAUUUGGAAGUUAAGCUCCGUGUUCCUGCUCCGCGGUCACAACAAGAGGAGUGGAAAAGCAGCAUACCUGACCAUGACCCUGGACGAAUCACAGGAGUCGGUGAGAAGUUGGAACGCAAGGCACUCUCUAUCUUUGAUGAUGAAGCCAAUACCAGGGGUCGGAAUAAAGAGGCAUUUCUCGUGGCUGUGUCAAAAUACAUCUCCAAAGAGACCUUAUACAGGAGAGGGGCUGUGGAAUUUGUGUACGCCGGUCUGCAAGAGAUGAAAACUUUUGGUGUUGUCCGAGACCUGGCCUCUUAUAAGGCUUUGCUGCAGGCUUUUCCAAAAGGCAAGAUGAUCCCUCGCAAUGCAUGGCAAGUUGAGUUCAUGCAUUACCCCCGACAACAACAGUGUGCCAUUGACAUGUUGGAACAGAUGGAAGUUAAUGCUGUAAUUCCCGAUGAUGAGUUUGGUGUGUUGCUGAAGGAUCGUUUUGGAAAUGAGGCUCAUGCCACUCGGAAGUACAGACGCAUCAUGUACUGGCUGCCAAAGUUCAAGAAUAUGAACCCUUAUCCUGUGCCUUUUGACCUGCCAGAGAAUGAUGAAGAACUGGCACUGAUAGCACUACGCAGAAUGUGUGUCGAUAAAGAGACUCGUUAUACAGUUUGGAAGACUGCGGAAGAAGAGUUGGAGUGCGAGGAGGACACGUUUGUGGCCAGCGCCCAGAGCCCCACCCAGCAGGAGCUGCUGCGCAAACACAAGAGCGAGCAACCCGUGUUUGUGGAGGGGCCGUACCCCGUGUACCUGCGCACCCACAGGCUGCAGUACUUCCUGCUCCGGGCCGAGCCCAACAUCAACGCUCUCAUGAAACAGAUGCAACUUGAAAAGGAGGCAGAAAAUGAUGAAAACUUGUUCGAGUGGACCAACUUCUUUGAGGAGGAAGAUUGUCGGGAGCUGCAGCCAGUGCUGAGCGUGCAUGAGCAGGAAGACAGCACGGUUCUGGCCCUGGCCGUCACGGGCAGCUCCAGCAAGACCAGCCUGGUGUCCUGGGUGAGACUGCUGCAGAGGAGCAACCCGUCGCUGGCCAGGACGCCCGUGCUCUUCAAGCUCUUGUCUUCCGACAGAGAGUUAGAGGUCAUAGGGGAUAACAGAGCGUUUAAGGACUUUGAUUCGUCUUAGAGGGAAGACUGAUGUGUUUUGGGUAUAUAUGUGUGUGAUACAAGCGUUUAAAGACUUUGUGAGUGGUUGGCGGGAGCUCUGGUGUGGUUUGCUUCUUUUUUCUUAUCAAACAUCUUUCGUCCUUAUCUAUGCUCCUUC